GUGCUAGGGAUAGGUAGUAGAUCAAUAUAGAGCACUCAACACGCAUUUCUUAUCACAUUCUGGCCCACGUCUCUUCCCUGCCUCCGCGUUCUCAGUAAUUCGGCAGCGGCGAAACAUUAAAAAUUAACAAAGGUUGCCUAUUGCUGACGUGUCAUGCCCAGCGGCGGUGCGCGCCGGCAGUCACGUGUUUAGUCCUUACAGAGUCAGAGCCGACGUGCAUGAGCGUGGCCAGGCUGCGCCUAUUCACACGCCAGCCGUCGACCACAGUGCACCACAGGAGUGAUGAGGUCUUGAGGCCGGGCGCCGCAGCAGCAGUUGGAGCGCCGCCCGCCCGACAGCCGGCCAGGCAGCAUGCGCUGGACGCUGCCCGUCCCAGGUACGGCAGCCAACGACCCUGCCAAGUGGUGACCCGCGGAGCUUCUGGUAAAGACCGUUCGAUCCGAUCUGAACCGAACGGCUGCCUGGCAGCAGGACUGCGAGACCUGCGGAUAGAUCAGCCUCACAGACGCUGCAGGCGGUCUCUGUAACGGCCCGCCUACAUUUCUUGCGUGCCGACGUGGGCGGUUACUGCUCGGCGUCUCGGCAAACACAGCGGACGCAGUGUGUGAGUGUGUGUCGGAUGGAACUGUGUGUCUGCUUGCAGGCGUGUGAUAUUACGUGACCUGCUGCGAUGAAGCCGCUGAUGGCAAUGUAGAUUGUGGACGUCACGCCGGAG